AUGGCUUCAUCAAACGACAUCCAUCACAAGGUCGAGUGGAAUGGGAAGCAAGUCCCAGUCUACCACAUGGAGACUAUCGACUUCUCUGCGUUACUAUCGCAGGAGCCUGCUGAACUCGAGAAGCUUCUACAAUGCUGCAAGGACGAAGGUUUCUUCUACUUGGACCUGAGCAACGUUGACGGACGCCGAUUCCUUGAUGACCACCAAGAGCUUUUGAAGCUCAUGCACAAGUUCUUCGAAGCUCCAAUUGAGGUGAAGAACGAGUAUGGUCUUGUCUCCCCUCAUCUCGGUUACGAGCCCAUCGGCUCCCGUAACGGCGUCCUAGAAGACACACGCGACGGCUACGAGAUGGUCAAAGUCUCUCGCGACGAGAUCCAACGCGAAUCUCCCCACAUCCCACGCAACAUCAAGAACAGCACCGACCUAAAGACCCUCGAGAACGCCAUCUCCGGCAACAAUAUCAUCGGGAAAGUCAUAUUGGCUGCUCUUUCCACCGCCUUCAGUCUCACAGGUGCAUCCCGCUUCGAGAAUCUGCACCGCAACCACCGUCCCUCGACCAGCACUCUAUCCAUGAUGCACUACAUCCCAUCCAACCCCUCCACGGACGGCAACGUCGGCCACCAGAAGCACACAGACAUCAGCUCCCUCACUGUCCUCUUCACCGAACAAUGGGGUCUCCAAAUCCGGCCACCAGGGACCAAAGAAUUCGGCUUCGUAGAGCCCAAGCAAGGUCAAGCUAUCAUCAAUGUUGGCGACUCCCUGCGCUUCGCAAGCGGUCACGCGUUCCAAUCGUGUGUCCACCGUGUUGUGCCGUACGACUAUAGUGAGCAUAGAUACUCUGUUGCGUACUUUCUGCGGGCUGAGGAUGAGACUAUGUUUCAGGAUAGUGAGGGGAGGUAUGUUACUUCGCGACAGUGGCAUGAUGAGAAGUUUUUGGCGUUUUUGGGGUCGCCGGCUGAGCAGGCGGCUGCGCCGAGUUCGUUGUUGCUCGGGGGGAUGCAGGAGGAUGAGGGGGAUGUUUAUGCCGCACCGAGGAGGCCGGUUGUUGUUGACGAUGGUGUGAAGGAUGCUGUUGAGGUGGCUACGGUGGAGGUCAUUGCGUAG